GAUUGGGAAGUUGAAAGAUAGGUGUUAUGCGUGCUUCCAAAUAGGACACCGUGCCUCCAAGUGCACAAGAAGGAGAAAAUGUGUACAUUGCUCUAGGAUGCAUAAUAGAGCACUGUGUCGACAGAAGGUGCAAAGGGACGGCAGUAACCCAAGUAAGGACAGCGGAGGGGAGAAGUCUGAGCAUUAGACUUUUACUUGAUUCUGGAAGUCAACGAACUUACAUUACAAACAAAAUAGCAAAAUUAUUACGAAUUAAACCUGAUGGAGAAGAUUGUUUGAUGAUUUAUACUUUUGGAUCAGAAAAGCCCAGAGAAAUGUUAUGCCCAUAUGCAACAAUAACUGUAGUGAGUAAACGUAAUGUUGAAAGACUGAUUAGAGUGAAUAUAGUUCCAUACAUCACCGCAGAGCUACCCAUAGCUAAGGUAGAGUCACCAAUGAUAGACAUCUGGGCGGACGAUGCUUCUACUGGUGAAGGCAUCGAUUUGUUGAUUGGAAAUGAUUUAUACUUCUCAUUUAUCAGAAAGAGUGUUGAUUUGGGAAAUGAUACUUAUCUGGUAGAUUCUGAUUUUGGUUGGUUCCUCGCAGGAAGUGCUACUAACAACAGAGAAAGGGACAUUCUAUCAGUUGCUACAUAUUGCCAGUGUCAUGAAAUCAAUCAAGACUUUUUUACAGAACCAGAUCUUCCUCUGCGUACCAUAGAUGUCAAAUUUUUAUGGUCACUUGAGAGCAUCGGGAUAUGUGAUUCUCCAAAAACUACAUGUGAGGAAGAAGCCGUGCAGCACUUUAACAAUACUGUCAAAUACAGUGAAGGACGGUACCAGGUCAAGUGGCCGUGGAUAGAGUAUCCACCUAAAUUGCCUACUAAUUUUGGACUUGCCUUUGGAAGGUUAAAGGGUGUAUUACGGAGGUCAAAUAAAGAAGUCAUGACAGAGUAUGAGGAAAUCUUAAAGGAACAGCUUGAAGCGAACAUAAUAGAAGUUGUGGAUCCUACCAUUCCUGCUGACCAUCCAGUUCACUACCUACCUUUUCAUAUGGUUCAACAGAAGGGAAAAAGAGGCCGGCUGGUCUACGAUGCUUCAGCUAAGCUGAAAAACGAGAAGAGCUUGAAUGAGUGCUUAUACAGAGGUCCGAACAUGCUGGAAGACCUUACAGGAUUGGUACUGAAAUUUAGAAUUGGGAAAAUUGCUAUCACCGCCGAUGUUGAAAAGGCUUUUCUUCAGGUUGGUCUACAAGAAGAGGACAGGGAUGUGACCAGGUUUCUCUGGGUCAAAGAUUUGGAAAAGGAGCUAACUGAUGACAACAUCAUGCAGUACAGGUUCUGCAGAGUGCCCUUUGGAGUGAUAUCGAGUCCUUUCCUCUUAGCGGCAACAAUUCGAUAUCACCUUUCAAAGACUAACAAAAGUCUUCUUCCAGUGAUAGCAGAUAAAUGUUAUGUGGACAAUUUAGUGACAUCAGUUCAAUCAAGAGAAGAGGCUCUCAAUUUGUAUGCUCAAACUACAAACUCAUUCAAAGAAUUAGGAAUGAACAUACGAGAUUGGAUGUCUAACGACAAAGAUUUUGUAGACAAGAUUCCCGAGCAAAAGAGAGCUAAACAGGAAAGUGAAAUGAAGAUCCUCGGUUUGAUAUGGAAUUUGGAAAAUGACACCUUAAAGCUCAAACUGAAUAACGAAACCUUUGAGAGCGAGAUCAUAGACAGAGGUAUUACAAAGAAAGGAGUCUUGAGAGUGCUAGCACGUCUGUACGAUCCAUGCGGGUUUGUGUCACCACUCAUGCUACCAGGAAAACUCUUGUUCCAGGAGAUCUGUACUAGGAAGUUAAAAUGGGACGAGAUUCUGCCUGAAGACUUGUCAACAUCAUGGAGGAACAUAAUUGAGAAUUUAAUAGAUGUUAAGAAAGUAGAACUGCCAAGACAUGUCGCAAGUGGUUCAAAGUCGGAAUGUACGAAGUAUGAGCUACAUUGCUUCACUGACGCAUCUAUGAAUGCAUAUGCAGCAGUUGUUUAUCUGCGCGUCAUAACUGGAAAGCAAGUAUCAACUUCGUUUCUCAUGUCAAAAUCCAGAGUAACCCCAGCAGAAGACAAAAGUGAUCUCAAAAUUCCUAGACUUGAGUUGCUAGGGUAUCUGAUAGGAAGUAGACUUCUGAGGUAUGUUAAAAGCCACAUAGACCUAAAUAUAUGCAAGAUAUAUUUGUGGACGGAUAGUCAAGUUGUCAUAGCUUGGAUCAAAUCUAGUAGAUUACUUCCACCAUUUGUAUCGAGACGAGUCAAUGAGAUCAAGCAAAUUAAGGACAUCUUAGGUGCAGAGCUGCGCUAUGUCAACUCAAAAGAGAACCCUGCAGACAUAGCUACCAGACCGGAAUUGUGGCAUCAGAAACAGGAUCUAUGGUUCCAUGGUCCAGAUUUCCUUCUACAAGACCAACGUGAUUGGCCUAAGGAGCAGAAGAAGGAAGAAAUGUGCUUGGCCGGGAGGGCUCUGGACACGGUGGAUGGUCCAGAGAUGACAAUUAAAGGCUAUGAAGACCGAGAUAGUGAUCUUAACUUUUCUGAAAUGGAGGAUAAUCCUGCAGCCACUGCACUUCAUGAAAGUUUGGAUUCUAUGCAAAACCCAUUAGAUGAAGAGAAGUGUGAAGAGACAGUGACUGAGAUAAAGAAGUUACAAGAAAAAUUCUUUUCAGAAGAAGUUUCAGGAAAGGUAACCAGUUUGUCACGAAACUUAGGUCUCUUUGUAGACGAAGAUGGGAUCUUAAGAUGUAAAGGAAGGUUCGCGAAUGCUUAUUUGUCGUAUGAUAAGAGAUAUCCCAUUCUGAUUCCGAAGAAAUCGCCCUUCACAACCCAGAUAAUUCUGAAGACGCAUAGAGACAACUACCAUGUUGGGGUUCCACACACGCUAAGUAUAUUACGCGAAAAGUAUUGGAUCCCCCAUGGGCGUGCCCAAGUACAGAAAGCUCUGAAGAGAUGUUCGCAGUGUGAGAAGUAUUCUGGAGGUCCUUAUAAACUGCCACCACCACCUGCACUACCCAGUGAAAGAGUUAACUAUAGUUCUCCAUUUACCUUUACUGGAUUGGACUAUCUGGGUCCGGUAUUAGUGGAAACAAAUACUGGUAGAGAAAAACGAUGGAUUUGUCUUAUGACAUGUUUAGCAGUUCGUGCUGUACAUUUGGAGUUGGUCAAGGCUUUGACGGCUGAGGAGUGCUUGCUAGCGAUACGGCGUUUCGUGGCGGCUAGAGGACCACCUAGAAUAUUGAUAUCGGACAAUGCACUACAGUUCAAGCUGACAAGUGAGGUACUAAUCCAUUCAUACUGCCAGGAGAAACAUAUCAAGUGGAAAUUCAUCACACAGCUUGCACCCUGGCAAGGCGGCUUUUACGAAAGAUUAGUUGCACUGGUAAAGCACUGCUUAAAGCGAACACUUGACAAGCAUUUAUUAACAGACGGUCAAAUGCAUACAGUAGUGAAGGAGAUUGAGGCUGUAUUGAACACGAGACCUUUGACUGCAGUGGGUUCCGAUCCAGAGGGAGUCUUGCGACCAGCUGAUUUUCUGUCUCUAGGUCAGUGUCUAGAAAUAAACCCGGAACUUGGCGAGGGGACCUCACAAGGUACCAAUACCAAAGUUGACUUGGUUGAAGGCUGGAAGAGAGGUCAGAAGAUUCUUAACGAAUACAAAGAGAUGUUCACCAAUCAAUACCUACCGAGUCUGCGGGACAGAUUCAGCCACUCUCAUAAACAACCGCGAGUGAUAUCAAAAAAGUCUCCAGAAGUCGGUGACAUUGUACAGAUUAAGAAUGAUUCCAAAAAUAGAAUCAAUUGGAAGGUUGGUAAAAUCUCAAGUUUAAUCCGAAGCCGUGAUGGUGAGUGCCGAGCAGCCAAAGUGGUAGUUGGGAAUACAGAGUUUACGAGAUCCAUAGCCCAUCUGUAUCCUUUAGAGUCUGAUACGUACGGCCCAACGGAUUAUGCACGAUUACCAUCACAAGACAACGAGAAGGCAGAGACACCAACUGAACACCGUGAGAUGGUUGAAAUUAUAGAACCCAUAAAAGCAUCAGAAACGAUAGUGUUACCCGAGCCCGAGAUAGAAAUUAAUGAGCUAACAAUCCCUACCGAGUCGGCAACCGAGAAAGAAGUUUCUGUGUUAGAUUCCGAAAGUAGUCCUACGCAAACUGAGCAAGCUCCCGCUGCUGAUACACACGAGGCAGAAGUGAGAGAGCCAAGUGUUAUGGAAGAACGGCCAGAGGAAGCAACAAGAGUAAGGAGGAAUGCGGCCAUUUGGGCUAGAGAACGAAUAGCCGAAUGGACGCGUCAGCUAAUGACGCUACUGAUGUAACCCUUUUGCCGUUCGCGAGUGUCGCGGAGAUCGCGAAGUCUGUUAUUGUGGUAUGUAUCCUAUCUGUCACUCUUAGCGUACUUUCACUGGUAACACUGGCGAUCGAGGUCGGCUAGUGUCAUGGGUGACAGCGGAGAAGAUGGCGGGAACCGAGUUGAGACAAGUUGAGAGAGGUCGUCUGAAUUUCUGGUACGUAAGAGGUGGUGUGACGCCGUGGCGCGUGCAUCACGUACAGGAGAUUCUUGGUAAGCUAAACAAAUCUAUAUUUUGAUAUAUAUGGAUAUUGCAGUGACCUUGAAUUAGCGACGACCUUGAGAUAGAGCUGAGUUGAAGAAUUGUCUGAUAUUCUUUAUGUGUAGCUCGAGUUUGAAUGUAACAAGUGAGGUGGCUAGAGUUUAUCGGUUUGAGUCACUGGAGGUUUCAUUAUGGAGGCUGAUGGAUGAGCUGUAGGGGUUGUUGUGGAGGCUCGUCGGGGACCAAAUGGUUCCCGCCUCGGGACUCAUCGCAUAUUAUGAGUUGAGAGAUAUAUGAGAUCAUGAGAGUAUAUCAUGAGUAUAUGAGUUGCGGGAUGCACGAUGAGUUCUCCUGUGUUGUGGAGAUUCAGUUGUGCCGUGCAUCCACCGAUAUAAGCCACGGGACUUGGGGCCCUUCUAAUUUUCCCUGAGAGAGUUGAGGUUACAUUCAUAACAAGAGAUAUGAGAUUGAGAGGAGAUGGAAUUGUGCGCCCAUCGAGUGUUGAUUCAUGGUCAUUGCAGUAGCUAUUUUAUACUGUGCUUAAUAUAUUUAGAGAUCCAUGUAGCGAGGUCAUCAUUACAUCCCCCUAAAGGUAAAACUCC